AUGAAAAUUGCUGUAACCGGUGCCCGGGGAGGUGUGGGCAGAGAGCUGGUGAAGCUGUGCAGCGCGGAAGGCCACGAGACAGUCCAGAUCAAUCGAACUGAACAAAAACACGACGGGACUCCCAGGUCAGAGAUGAGAACAGCUGACGUCGCAAGUGACUAUAACGCUACUCUUAAAGCAUUUACUGGCUGCGACGCCGUAGUUCAUCUUGCGGCGAUUCCAGACCCUGUUGAAAAGGACCACUGGAAAGUACACAAUAACAAUGUGAAUACCGCCUUUAACGGCUUCCAUGCCGCAGCUACGCUAGGCAUCAACAAGAUUUGCUACGCUUCAUCUGUAAACGCGAUUGGUCUUGCUUUUUCCAACCAGCCGUUACAGUUUGACUACUUUCCGAUUGACGAAGAGGCACCUCAGCGGCCGACAGAUCCAUAUGCACUUGCAAAAGAAGAAGCCGAGUAUCAAGCCCAGUCGUUCGUCAACUGGUUCCCUGGAAUGAAAAUCGGUUGUCUGCGGAUUCAUGAAGUUGCUUUGUUGAAAGACGUGCAAAAGAAGCACAAGGAAGAUUGGGAAAACUCCGCUGUCAAACAGCUAUGGGGUUGGGUUCAUCCCAAAGCGGUAGCGAGGGCUUGUCUGCUUACGGUCGAGAAAGCAGACAACAUGAAAGGAUGCGAGAUUUUCAACAUUGUGGCUCCAAAAACGACCCAGGAGGAAUCAUCUGAAAGUCUAGCAAAAAAAUACUUUCCCCGAGCUGAACUGAGGGGAGAUAUGUCCAAAAACCAGGCGUUUUGGUCUAUUGCCAAGGCACAAAAUAUUCUUGGCUGGACUCACCAUGAAACAGAGUAG